CAGACUGUUUGACGGCUUGGUUUCGGCGUUGCCCUUUAGCGCUGAUACAAAGCGGCGUCGUAUUUCCGGUCGGGAUUUUUUUCCUUCCUCCUUUAGGUGGACCGCUAAAAGAGAGAGGCAGAAUGCUGGCAACUCGAGCACUUCGUCUGGUUGGAAAGCGAGCCUUGUCGACCUCAGCAUGCCUGCGUGGCCAUGGAGUUGCCAAGGUGGAGGACUACUCCCUCCCUGCAUAUUUUGACCGUCGUGAGAGCCCCCUGCCUGAGAUCAGAUAUGUCCAGCAACUGAGUGCUGAGCAGAAAUCCCUCAAGGAGAAGGAGAAGGGUUCCUGGGCUGCUUUGUCCAACGAAGAGAAAAUUGCACUGUACCGCAUCAGCUUCAAGGACACUUUCGCUGAGAUGACUAAGGGAACAGGCGAGUGGAAGUCCGUGGUCGCUGGAAUAAUGUUCUUCAUCGGCCUCACCGGCUUGGUCGUGCUGUGGCAGAGGAAAUACAUUUAUGGAGAUAUUCCUCACACCUUUAGCUCCGAGUACAAGCAGCAGGAGCUCCAGAGGAUGCUCGACAUGAGGAUGAACCCCAUCCAGGGCUUUUCCGCUCACUGGGACUAUGAGAACAAAGCCUGGAAAAAAUAAAUUGUCUUAGAUAAAUGGUUGUCAGUGGACCAUGUUACGCAACUUCUUGUUAAAUAUCCAAUGUGCAGAUCGGUGGAAAGUCGAUGUAUGACUUUGUCUAUACCUCAUUGAAUGUGCCCUGGAAGAUCACUUCCUCCUAAGGUUAUUGUAAACUAUAAAGACAAUAAAAUCCCUUACCAUCA